UUUUCUAUAAAUAUUCAGGACUUUUAACUAGUUCUUUAUUUUUCCCAUACACACUUUCUAUCGCUUCUCCGAAGCUACUUUAGCAUCUCGUUCAAGACUAAGUAUAACUGCUAUGCCGAUUUGGACUGAAAGUGACAGACGAAUAGUUCUGAAAGCUAAGCGCGAUCAUCCUCGUUGGAGCUGGGACGCUAUUGCAAAACUCGUUCAGGAUGACAUUCACUCUGGGUCAGCAUGUCAACAGAUGUGGAAGAGGCAUGCCAAAGACAGGCCUCCUCCAACGCCAUUGGGACUAGCAGAGCGUCGAGCGAUAGCCAAGAUGCGAGAAAGCGAUCCACCUACCCCUUGGGAAGACGUUGCCGAAAAGGUCCAAUUUUCAGUAAAGAUCUGCCAAGUGUUCUACAAGUACCAUGUAACCGAUAAAGAGAUUGAACGAGGCCGCCAAGAAGCCCAAAGCACGGCCAUUCGUCAAGCAAAAGCGGAAGCAAAGGCAGCAGAAGCCAAAGCGGCUAAAGAAAUGGAAGAAGCAAAAAAGAGAUCAUCUGUGGUAUUAUCGUACCCGGUGGUUAAAUCGAAGGGUCCGACGAAAAUAACAGCAGCAAGUCGAGCAUAUCAAAGAUGGACCGAUGACGAAGAAAAGCAGUUGCUCAAACAUGUCCAUGAAUUUACUGCUGCUACUGUUGCAAAAAACUUGAAAAAGAAGAAGCAACAGCAACAGGAUAAUACCGAUUGGGAAGAAAUUGGCAAAAAGCUCAAACGGAGCGAAGGCGCAUGUGAAGCCAAGUAUAAGCAGUUGACUCUAAAAUAUAAAAAGAAUGAAAUACGGGGCUGAGCAUUUAUAUAUCAAUCUCUUUGCUUUUGAUCUAUGUACAGAUAUCAUGCGUAAUGAAGAAACGGUCCACUCUAUAUUAUUCUAUAUACAAAAGAGAUGAGAUAAAGCAGACUUACUGUAGUAUUAAAUAAAUAAGUGGAAAAGUUCGCAUGACACUUUCACAGUCUUUGAGCUAUUAUCAAAAUAGCGAAGAAUGCUCCAAGUUCUUGUGGUUGUUUUGGUACGGAGAAAACAAAAAUACUCUCUAUAAUCUAUGACAGAAAGGAAGCGGAUAGUGGUCUUCAUUUAAAAUGGCAGCACGUUCUUUGUUGGAUGAUACAUCUUUCGAC